GCCCGAGAGUUUUGAGAAUGGCUUGCUUCAGCCCCCAUUAGAUUGUAAACUUCUUGAGGGCAGCUUUAACAGAAACGCUGUCUAAAGAAGGUAGAUCUGGACUUGCCUCCAAGCUCCGGUAGGAAUACGACCGUCAGCGUACAGAUGAGGCAACGCGAACCACCAUCGUGGUAAUCAGGCUUUCAGUUCUGAAGUGUUCCCGAUGAACGUACCAGAAGUGGAUGGAUUGGUUUCACUGCAACCAGUGCUUCUGCAAGGAUGCGGCCCCCUUCUUUGUCACCAACUGUGGCCAUGUUUUCUGUAGAAAGUGCGUAACUGAGGAAAAAUGUUCUAUCUGCGGGACUGCAUGUAAGCACCUGGCGCUUUCCGAUAAUCUUAAACCCCAGGUGAAGAUGUUCUUCAAAAGUCCUAAGGAGACAGCGUUGCGAUAUUUAAGUCACGUCUCCCAGGUAUGGAGUUUCCAGAAGAAGCAGAUGGAUCUCCUUAUUGCCUUUUACAAAGACAGGCUCUCCAAAUUAGAGCUAAUGGUGCAGGAGUCUCAGCAGAGAGUGGCUAACCAGGAAAAGGAGUUGGCAGUCCUGAAGAAGGAGAAUGGUGAACUGAAGAAGUUACUGUCCAUUCUGAAGGAAUGUCCCAACCGAUGCCAAGGAAGCAGGACUUCUACACCCCGGCCAGUGGGCAUUACCUCCCCCACACAGUUAACUACUCCUCGCCCCAGCUCCCAGCCCGGUAUCCACAUGGUCAGAUCCUCCUCCCGGGAAUCCACCCCCUAUAGAACGGCGACUCUGGGCAGCUGGCAAGGAGGAAGAGGCUUGCAGGGAAGAAGCACUCCCAGAGAAUCCGUCACUGCAACUCCCUCACCAGGGGCUUCUCAUAACCUGUCCUAUAGGGCUCCUUCUGCCUCCUUGGGUCUGGGGGUGAUCUCUUCCAGGCCAGCCGGGCCCACCAGAGUCACCCCUAACUAUUCUAUGAGGAUAUUUUCCACUUAAGGCCACAUCUCAGGCAGCUGUGUUUCACCUGACUAGGCUGACCUCCCAACAGUAGUAGCUACAGGUGGGGCUGCCCAAAAGGAAAGAAGCCUGGAGUCCCUCCCACCCUUCCCGGCUAGCAAGAAAAGGACAAGCUUGACUGGACUCAACUCAUAUUGCAUCCUGGAACUUGGGCCCUAAGAUUGGGGUCCCUUACCUAGUUCCUUUCUCCCAAUUCUCAAUUCCACUCUGCCCUUCUCAGACUUUCUUUAUCCUAAUGGUUCCGGUGAGACGACACAUCAAGGGGGUCAAACAUUUGUGUUUAAUGAGGAAGCGUCACCUCCUCAAAGCAUUAGUUCUCUUACGCUAGGUUGUAGAAAGCCCCACACUUGGCAUGCCUCUCCCCAACCCCAGAAUUGCUUUUUAGCUUCAUUGCUUGGGUCAGUGCUUGGCACACAGUAAGCACUUACACUGUAUUCAUUUUCACCAUCUUUCUGUGGAUUGUCUGCAAUAAAUGCCUAUUGCAUUGCUUAAUUUAUAGCUUCCCCCAC